GUAAAGUGUAGGCAAACUGACUCAAGUGCUGCCAAGCAUCCUUCAGUGGGUUAUGGUCAGUUGGGUGGGGGCCAACCAUGUUUGGUAAUAGUUAGCAUCUUCGGUACUUGUCUAGCACUGUUUGGUAUCUUCUCAAAGCCUCCCAAAUACCUUCUUCAGACCCUAGCGUAG